CCUCAGUUAGGUAGGAAAGCACAAGUCUAGUUCUUUGUUGUGCAGUGAUGGAGGGUUCAGGCAAAUGUUGCCUUUGUUUAGCAGUCCUUGUCGUGGUUGUCAGUGAUACGUGGGCGCAGAGUGAGGGGUGGCUAUGGACUCCCCCGGAACCAGACACAACUUCAGAUCUUCAGCUGCCGCAGGAUUCUCUGUUGUCUGAUUCAAUUGCACAACCCAAGAGACCCCAGAGGUCUCAGUGGCCCCAGAGGCCGCAGUGGCCCCAGAGGACUGAGUCACCCCAGCAACCUCGGAGACCCCAGCGGCCCCCACAGCCUAAGGUUCCCCCGCAGCCCCAAGAACCCCAGGAACCCCAGUGGCCUCAGCCCCAAGAACCCCAGUGGCCUCAGCCCCAAGAACCCCAGGAACCCCAGUGGCCUCAGCCCCAAGAACCCCAGGAACCCCAGUGGCCUCAGCCCCAGCAGCCCCAGGAACCCCAGUGGCCUCAGCCCCAGCAGCCCCAGGAGUCUGAAUACUCCCGGGAGUCUGAGGUUCCCCAGAGGCCCACGGUUCCCCAGAGGCCCACGGUUCCCCAGAGGCCCACGGUUCCCCAGAGGCCCACGGUUCCCCAGAGGCCCACGGUUCCCCAGAGGCCCACGGUUCCCCAGAGGCCCACGGUUCCCCAGAGGCCCACGGUUCCCCAGAGGCCCACGGUUCCCCAGAGGCCCACGGUUCCCCAGAGGCCCACGGUUCCCCAGAGGCCCACGGUUCCCCAGAGGCCCACGGUUCCCCAACAACAUCAAACUCAACCCCAACCUCAGCGGCCUCAACAACCGCAAUGGCCCCAGCGACCUCAACAGCCGCAGAUGCCCCCGUGGCCCCAGCAACCUCAACAGCCGCAGCUGCCCCAGCAGCCGCAGCUGCCCCCGUGGCCCCAGCGACCUCAACAGCCGCAGCUGCCCCAGCGACCUCAACAGCCGCAGCUGCCCCCGUGGCCCCAGCAACCUCAACAGCCGCAGCUGCCCCCGUGGCCCCAGCAACCUCAACAGCCGCAGCUGCCCCCGUGGCCCCAGCAACCUCAACAGCCGCAGCUGCCCCAGCGACCUCAACAGCCGCAGCUGCCCCAGCGACCUCAACAGCCGCAGCUGCCCCCGUGGCCCCAGCAACCUCAACAGCCGCAGCUGCCCCCGUGGCCCCAGCAACCUCAACAGCCGCAGCUGCCCCAGCGACCUUGGCCCCGACGACCUCAAUUGCCCCAGCAACAUCGGUGGCCCCAGCAACCUCAGAUGCCCCUGUGGCACCAGAACAGCCUGCAGCCUCAAGAACCUCAAGAGCCUGAGUGGGUUCAGUGGGCUGAGCAGUUCACCAACAUGCUGCAGGAUAGCCCCGACACUAAAUGUGCCGUAGAUGUCAACACGAGGGUAGUGUGUGGAAUGCCUGAUAUUACAGCGGAGAAAUGCCAGGCCAUUGACUGCUGUCAUGAUGGACGCCAGUGCUACUACGGGAAAGCAGUGACAGUGCAGUGUACCAAAGACGGGCAGUUUGUGCUGGUGGUUGCCAGGGAUUCCACCCUGCCUACCCUGGACCUGGAUUCCCUUCGCUUGCUGGGAGGAAAUGACGCCCCCUGCAGUCCUGUUGCUGCCAAUUCAGCAUUCGCAAUCUUCCAGUUCCCUGUGACUGAAUGUGGCACCACCAUGACUGAGGAUGGCGGUUUCGUGAUUUAUGAGAACAACAUGUUGUCCACAUACAAUGUUGCCGUUGGCCCCAGAGGAUCCAUUACCAGGGACAGCCAUUUUGAACUGCUGUUCCAGUGUCGCUACUCCAGUUCGUCCGUUGAUGCGGUGGUGGUGCAGGUGGUGCCGGUCCCCCCUCCGGCCUCCAUCGCUGCCAUGGGAACCCUGAGGGUACAGCUCAGACUGGCUAAUGGACACUGCCUCACCAAGGGCUGUGUGAUUGAGAGGGAGGCCUUCACCUCCUUCUACUCUGAGGCUGACUACCCCGUGACCAAGGUGCUGAGAGAGCCGGUGUAUGUGGAGGUUAACAUCCUGGGCCGGAAUGACCCCGGCCUCGUCCUGAUGCUGGACCACUGCUGGGCCACCUCUGCUCCCAGCGCCCUCAGCACGCCCCAGUGGGACCUCCUGCACAACGGGUGUCCCUACCAGGAUGACCGCUACCUGACCACCCCGGUCCCUGUGGAGGCCUCCUCUGACCUGCCGUACCCCAGCCACCACAAGCGUUUCAUCCUAAGGAUGUUCACCUUCGUGGACCAAAACACACUCAUGCCCCUGAAGGAUACGAUGUUCCUCCACUGCAGUGCGUCUGUGUGUCACAGCACCGCUCCUGGCUCCUGUGUUCAGUCAUGCAACAGGAAACGGAGGGAGGUGUCAGCAGGGCAGAAGGCUGGGAGCCGCGUGGCACUCGUAUCCAGUAGGGCAAUUAUUCUCCAGUGACUCUACCCUGCAUGUAUAUGAGAAUUGUGAUUUUUUUUUAAAAAUAAACACUUUGAAGCAAUA